UGGUAGAAGUUUCUCGUCACCGACCUCCUCUCCCUCUCGAUCGACUCCGACCAAAAAACGAAAGAAAAAUAAAAAGGGGAAAAAUUAUUGGAGGAGAAAAAGAGAGAUCUUUUACCAAAUUUACACUAAAAAUCAUCAGAAAAUAAUUAAAAAAGUGGAUCGUUAUGCUUCUACAGCCUCCGCUGACGUCCCACAGCUUCUCUCGAGUCCGGUUCUCCGCCGGCCGGUCACCACACCACCACCGUUACCGCCGCCUCAAACUCCUCUUCUCUCUUGGCGAUCGAUGGAAGCUCACCGAUCUCGAUCCCGAACUGGUUCAAGAGAGGUUGAGUUCUUGGCUGUUGAAGGCCCAAAACCUAAUUAACGAUGUAGCUGCGCCGCUGGUGAAACCUGGGCAAGGGAAAAUGGUUGCGAUCCAGCACGAGCUAGAGGAUAUUGCGGUCAAAGAAGAGGUUUUUAUGGCUUCUGAGCUUACCGUUGAUCGAAAGACGCCUAGUGGGUAUCUUUCCCUUGAUGCUGUAGUUGCCAUUGAGCAGUUUGGGAGGAUGAAUGGACUGACAGGGAGGAAAAUGCAGAAGAUUUUCAAAGCUCUUGCCCCUGAUUCAGUGCGGAAUGAUGCACGCAGCUUAGUGGAGUAUUGCUGCUUUAGGUAUUUGUCGAGGGAUAGCUCUGACUUCCAUCCGAGCUUGAAGGAACUUGCUUUCCAGAGACUUAUAUUCAUAACGAUGCUUGCGUGGGAGCACCCUUACAGUGAAGAUGGUGAUUUACAUGUGCCAUUGGAGAAUUCGUCGUUGCAGACGAGACUGACGAGACUAGUAGGAGAAGCGGCUUUUGUUCGAAUUGCUCCAGCUGUUGCUGGUGUGGCUGACAUAUCAACAGCACAUCAUCUUUAUAAGGCCCUUGCUGGAGGUGCACAGGGAAUUUCUUUAGGCUUGUGGACAACAUACAUUGCUGAACUUAUCAAGGUUCAUCAGGGGAGAAAGUCAUACCAGACUGGAGACAUUUUGUUGUCCGAUGAGCAAGUUCUGUGCAUAGGCUCUAGUAGAAAACGACCAGUUCUAAAAUGGGAGAAUAAUAUUGCGUGGCCUGGCAAUCUGACUUUGACGGAUAAUGCAUUAUAUUUUGAGGCAAUCAGACUGAAAGGUGAAAAGGGGCCAAUUAGAUUGGAUCUGACAAGAAAUAGUUGCCGAGUUGAGAAAGCAAAGGUCGGACCAUUCGGGUCCAAACUUUUUGACUCUGCAGUUUCUGUUUUCUCUGAUGAUGAGUCACAACCUUGGGUAUUAGAAUUUGUUGAUCUUGGUGGUGAAAUGAGACGUGAUGUUUGGCAUGCUUUCAUCAGCGAGAUUAUGUCAUUGCACAAGUUCAUAAAUGAAUAUGGACCGGAAGAUGAUGAUCCCUCAAUACAUCAUGUAUAUGGUGCUAACAGAGGAAAAAGAAAAGCUAUUAAAAGUGCAGCAAACAGUAUUGCAAGGUUACAAUCUCUUCAAUUUAUUAGAAAGCUGUCCGAGGAUCCAGCUAAAUUGGUUCAGUUCUCAUAUUUGAGGAAUGUACCCCAUGGUGAUGUUGUUCUUCAGACGCUAGCUGUGAAUUUUUGGGGUGGGCCCUUGAUGACAAAGGUAAUACAAGAUAACCAAAAACCAUCUAACUGGGUGAGGCCUACUGAAGAAGUCUCGGGAGGCAAUGUUCAUGUGUUUGAUAUUGAUGGGAGCGUGUACUUGCGAAAGUGGAUGAGAUCACAUACAUGGUCAUCUAGUUCAUCGGUCUCCUUCUGGAAGAAUUCGUUAGCAAAGCAAGGGAUUGUAUUAGCUAAAAAUCUUGUUGUUGCUGAUUUAAACCUAAUAGAAAGGGCAGCAUUAACAUGCAAAGAGAGAAGCCAGAUAGUGGAGACGACUCAAGCAACAAUUGAUGCGGCUCUGAUCAAAGGAAUUCCUAGUAAUAUUGACCUUUUCAAGGAACUCAUGCUUCCUUGCAUGGUUGUUGCGAAAAGGUUUGACAAACUUCGGCGUUGGGAAGAACCCCGCUGGACCGUAUCUUUCCUUUUGUUUGCAUAUACUGUAAUAUUUAGGAAUCUUCUAUCGUAUAUAUUCCCAAUAACUCUGAUGGUCAUGGCUAUUACCAUGCUAUUAUUGAAGGGGCUUAAAGAACAAGGUCGAUUGGGAAGAUCUUUUGGUAAAGUCACAAUACGUGAUCAACCACCUUCGAACACUAUUCAGAAGAUCAUAGCUCUUAAAGAGGCCAUGGCAGAUAUGGAAAAUUUUCUACAGAACAUAAAUGUGUCACUGCUUAAGAUACGGACAGUUGUCUUAUCGGGUCAACCUGAGAUAACAACAGAAGUUGCUCUCGUGCUACUCUCUUCUGCAAUUGUUCUCCUUGUGAUUCCUUUCAAGUAUGUUCUUGCCUUCGGCCUCCUUGACCUCUUCACCCGGGAGCUGGAGUUCCGAAAGGAUAUGGUGAUGAAGUUUAUGAGUUUUCUAAGAGAACGAUGGGCUUCAAUUCAUGCUGCCCCUGUAAUUGUGCUGCCUUAUGUGAGUGAUGAUGAAUCAGAAGGGAUUCCUCCUAAUAAAGAGAAAGUUGAUGAGUCGACACAUAAAAGUGUACAAGAAAAUGGAACUGCCCCCAACUCCUAAUUUGAAAAAGAAAUGUUUUUCUUGUAUAGAUUAAUGAAGGUGCGUUUUCCGUGUGAGCUAUAUAGGAAGUGUAUUGUAAUCUUGUAAAUAACACAAUUAUUCUUGUAAAAUGGAGGAGAUCCAUUUUUUUGGGGAACAUCUCCUUUUUCUUA